CGGCACGAGUGAGGGGGCCCUGCCCGGGAAGGACCCCCUUGCCGGCUCGGACGCAGCGACAGCGCCUGGCACCGUCGCUGGCCCUUCUGCCUGCAGGGGGGAGGGGGAGGCCAGCCUACCGCUGCCUCUUGAGGUGUCUGCUGAACUACUUGUUUACUUAGCAGUUGGGCCAGGGCAGGAGCCGCCUGGACUCUAAUAUCCUGUGUCCAGAAGGCUAACAUGCUGCCAGAGAAAGACCCUAAAAGGCUAGGGGAGAAGGACCCCAAAGAAGACCCAUCGGUCACUCUCUUCCGGGAAUAUCUGAGAAUCAAAACUCUCCAGCCAGAGCCUGAUUAUGACACAGCAGUGAAAUUCUUAGAGAGAAUAGCCUCAGAACUUGGCCUACAGUGUCAGAAAGUGGAGGUCUGCCCUGGCCGUGUGAUCACCAUCCUGACCUGGAAAGGCACAAACCCACAGCUCCGCUCCAUCUUGCUGAAUUCCCAUACAGACGUGGUACCAGUAUUUGAGGAAUAUUGGCGCUAUGACCCCUUUUCAGCCUUCAAGGAUGCUGAGGGAAAUAUCUAUGCACGUGGAGCCCAAGAUAUGAAAUGUGUUUCCAUCCAGUACAUAGAGGCCAUCCGGAGACUGAAGGCCGAAGGGAGACAGUUUCCACGAACUGUUCAUAUGAGCUUUGUCCCAGAUGAAGAGAUCGGGGGCCACAAGGGGAUGGAAAUGUUUGUGAAGCGACCUGAAUUUGCAACACUUAACAUUGGCUUUGCCUUGGAUGAAGGAUUGGCAAACCCAACAGAUACUUUCACUGUAUUCUAUGGCGAAAAAUGCCCAUGGUGGAUUAAAGUGAAGGUAGAAGGGAACCCAGGACAUGGAUCCAGAUUCAUUGAGAACACAGCUGCUGAAAAGUUGCACAGAGUGAUCACAUCAUUUCUAGAGUUCAGAGAGCGUGAAAACCAAAGGUUGAAAUCAGAGAAGCACCUUACUUUAGGUGACGUCACCUCCCUCAACCUGACCAUGUUGAAUGGGGGCAUCUCCUUCAACGUGGUCCCUUCUGAGCUGUCUGCUGCCUUUGACAUCCGCAUCCCACCCACAGUGGAUUUAAAGGCAUUUGAGGAACAGCUCUCAGCCUGGUGCCGGGCAGCUGGGGAAGGUGUUACCUAUGAGUUCCACCAGAAAUACACGGAUCAGUCGGUGACCUCCACAGAGGAAUCUGACCCCUGGUGGAAGGCGUUCAGUGGCACCUGCAGGGACAUGAACAUGAAGCUGAAAUGUGAGAUCUUCCCUGCUGCCACAGACAGCCGGUAUAUCAGAGCGGCCGGACACCCUGCUAUUGGCUUCUCCCCCAUGAACCGCACCCCUGUGCUGUUGCAUGACCACAAUGAAUUCCUGAAUGAGCAGAUCUUCCUUUGUGGGAUUGAGAUCUAUGCCCACCUCAUCCCUGCACUGGCCAGUGUCCCUCCUCUACAAGCAGAGGCCUGAGGUGGUCUGAGCAGAAGGCAGCAGUCUGAAACCUGGGGUGGGAGUGAGACUAGCUAAAAAACUGCAUUGCUUCCUAUUUUGAGAUGGGCCCCUGCUAGAGGGGAACGUAGGCUUUAGAUGUUUUGACUUGGGGGCUGGUGGCUUGCUGAGAUCACACGCAAGACAGACUGCGGAGUUCCAGCAUCCCUGAGUAGUAUACAAGAGGCCAAAGCAAGCUGGAAGCAGAAACCAACACUUGACACCAGCACAUACAAAGUACAGCUCUGUAGUUGUCAGGGACUGGUCCUCUGCUCUAUACCAAAGCACUUCUAGUCAGGAUCCUUGUUUGCACAGUUCCUGCAGCAGGUCCAGAGCUCCUACUCUUUAUCAUUAACACCUAUCCAUUUUGAGGUGAAAAGGAUAAUCCUCAAGCACCAGGUUUGUAAGACUGAGGUUCUCACUGCUGAGGCUUCUUUGGAUGCAUAGCAAAUUAUUGUUCCCCUGUCAUUGGCUCCUUUUGUCCUCAGCCCCCAUUACUCCAGUGCCUCUCCCUUCUGUCCUGUGAUUAUCAUGCGGGGGGGGAUCCCUUCUCCAUGUACCAAACCCAAGGGCAAAGCAACUGGAGAAGCAGAAGUCCCCUAACCUGCAAGAAUAAUUGAGCUCCCCUGUCGAUCCUUCUCUUUUGGGGGAAUGCUGUUGCUUGACACCUGGCUGUUUUGCUGGCUUUCUUGGUUAUGACACGUCUGGUUCUCAAAAGAAUAGUUUCAGAUUUUCUGUGGGAGUCCAGCCACCAUAGAAAAGCUCAAAAAUUUCAGCUUUAUUAUCAUAUGAUACAAGGUGUUAGGCAAAUCACAUUUUGUCUCUGUGCCUCACUUGUAGAAGAGCAUAGCAUGAUGGCACUGGUGCUUUGUCAUAUGAGAUCCUCCUCUGGAAAAUGAUGAUUCUGAACCAAGGAUGAAGGGAAAGCCAGGUUUGGCCUUACUGGGAGCCUCUCUUCCCCACCCACCAAAGUGAGAUGGAGGGGGGGAGUCUUCAUGAAUUUUCAGUUCUUGGAAUGGAACAGCAGAGGUGCUGGCUGCAGCGUGCUGCCUUAAUUUUCUGUUGAACUGCUAUCUUAACAAACCACUACUGACACAUGCCAUACAGGUAAGAGGUGAAUGAAAGAGAUUUGGCCAGUGGGGCAGCCAUCUCCACCUCCCCUCUGAAGUAUGCCACAAGGAAAUGACACUGUGUUACGACACUGUGUUUAGCAAAGCAUUUCCCUUGUUUGGGAAGAUGAUUAUUCACCUAUUGCUACAAUAUAAAGCCUUCAUCUGUAAGUACAUUCUCAAGAUUACAUGAUUUUUAAUAUUUGA